UUUUGAGCCACAGAUUAUUGGGUAGUUGCAGCUUGUGCUGUCUAAAUAAGCCCAACUGCAUUUUAUAAUCAACUCGUCUUCCAUACGUAGGUUCUGAAACUGAAAGCAAAAACUCUACAGCGAAGAACAGAGGACUGGUUCACUGAGAAAAAUUAUCAAGAUCUGUGAGUUAUAUUAAUUUGUUCUAUCAAGCCUCCAUGGCAUGCUUAUCGUACCAGACGUGUGCGUUGAUGUCAUCGUCGUCAUCAUCAACACCCACGUGCCAUCUUCGUGUUCGUGCGAAUACAGUCGUAGCUGGAGCGAGCUCCAAGAAGACGAGAGGGUUGAGGAGAUUGAACGCGGUUGCGGAGACCUCGGCGAUGGAGGUCGUGGAGCUGAAGAAGGGGAUAGCUGAGCUGUACGACGAGUCGUCUGGCUUAUGGGAGGACAUCUGGGGCGACCACAUGCAUCACGGCUUCUACGACCCAAACGCCGACGUUUCGGUCUCCGCUCCGGACCACCGCGCUGCCCAGAUUCGCAUGAUCGACGAAGUCCUCCAAUUCGCUGGCAUUUCUGAGGAAGCCCCAAUCAGAGGGCCUAAGAAUGUGGUUGAUGUUGGGUGUGGGAUUGGGGGCAGCUCCAGAUACCUGGCAGGUAAAUAUGGGGCCAAUUGCAAAGGCAUCACCCUCAGCCCUGUUCAAGCUCAGAGGGCCAAUGCUCUUGCUGAUGCUCAAGGGUUGGCCAACAAGGCUUCCUUUCAAGUUGCAGAUGCUCUGGAUCAACCAUUUCCUGAUGGGCAAUUUGAUCUGGUCUGGUCCAUGGAGAGUGGGGAACACAUGCCUGACAAAGCCAAGUUUGUGAAUGAGUUGGCUCGAGUUGCUGCCCCAGGAGCAACAAUAAUAUUAGUGACAUGGUGCCAUAGGGAUCUUGGUGCUUCUGAAAAAGCCUUGAAGCCAGAGGAGAAAAGGCUCCUGGACAAGAUAUGCAAUGCUUUCUAUCUUCCUGCCUGGUGUUCUACUGCUGAUUAUGUCCAAUUACUUCAGUCUCUAUCCCUCCAGGACAUCAAGGCAGAAGAUUGGUCUCCGUAUGUUGCCCCAUUUUGGCCAGCUGUUAUACGCUCGGCAUUGACAUGGAAGGGUUUCACAUCGCUCUUGCGCUCCGGAACAAAAACAAUAAAGGGUGCAUUGGCAAUGCCAUUGAUGAUCCAAGGUUUCAAGAAGGAUCUUAUCAAGUAUUCCGUUAUUACAUGUCGAAAGCCUGAAUAAACACUGCAGUAUGAGGAUGGCAAGAAACAGAAUCUAUGGCUGCAUCUAUCGUUUCCCAAUAUUAUGUGCCUGUGAGAGCCAUCUUUUCUGAUUAUGAGACGAUUUCUUAUGAUCAUCAUAUACUUUACUUAUGGCUCUUCUGGAUAGGCUUUAGACUUUGUAUUGUAGCCUUUAAUAUUUUGUUGGUUCUCUUCAGGAUAGGAAAAUGAACGAUUUGUAAACCACAGUAUUAAAACUCUUGGGUAUACUUAUUAACGAGAUUUGAUAACCAUAUUGUCCAGGUCAGCUGGCAACUUGAGAUUGUUAGAAGAGCACAUGGAGGGGACGUGUUCUAGUUAGAGUUGUUAGUAGAGUCUGUUAGUUUGUUAAGCUUUGUUUACUUAGUCUCUAAGACUGUUAUCAGAUAUAUAAGCUGUAGCUUUACAUUGUAAUCACUAAUCAAGAUCAAUACACAAUUCUGAGUUUUCUGUUC